UUUUAUCCCCGCCCCCGUGUUGUGGCUGUGGAUGGCAGCAUGCAGGACGCGGAGCGCAGAGUCCGGGACCCGGGGGGGAGAGCGGCCUGGAAGGGCCACAUCAUCCGGGAGCUGCAGCGCCGGGACCGAGCCCAGACAGGGGUCUUCCAGGAGCUGAUCCAGUCGUACAAUAAACUUCUGGAAAAAUCAGUUUUUCUGAAGGACUUGACAGAAAAAAUCCAGACUGAGCCUGUCCUGUUCCCGGGGGGCCACCAUGCUGCUAGGACCCUCCCGGAGGGGGUGCACACUACUGGAUCAGACGCCUCCCCCACCCUACAGAAGGAGAUUUCGGCGCUCAGGGACUACAAUGGAGAGUUGGCCUUUCAAGCCUGCGAGCUGAAGAAGGAGGUGCAGGAGCGGGAGCAGGAGCUGCAGCAGCAGAGGUCCAGCAUCUCCUUCCUCGCUGCCCUGGUGGACGAUCACAAACCUCAAUGUCAGUGCCUGGAUAAUGAGAUGGUCCAGAUGGUCUGUGCCAAUGCUGACCUAAAGGAAGACUAUGACCAUCUGCUGGCGAAGCGCCUCCUACUGGAGGGGCAGCUUCAUGAGGCCGAGGAGGAGCAGCGCGACCUCAUUGAGGCUUUGACCAUGAAGAAAGUGAUGGAAGCGGAGCAGCAGAACAGCAUCAACGAGAGGAGGAAGGAUGAGAUGUGGAGCCGCAUAGUCAAAAAAGCCUUGCGCAAGACAGUCAGCGCCGAAGGGGAUGUUUGUCAAACGCGCUCUAUGAAUUUACAUGAAUUAAGCAGCAUGGAGAUGACCGGCAACCAAGAAUUAGAGAAAUCUUCCCCCAGGACAUGCAGGUCUCAGUCUAUGAUUUCUUUAGGUCCUUCAAGAAUUAUGGGAGCAUUAAGAAGCUUGUUUGAUUUUCGGAAGACACCAGAUGAUUGCAGUGUGGAUGGCGAGUGGUAUCGACCGUCGCCCGUGUGUGUGAUCUGCUGCCCACCGAAAAGAGCCAUCUAUAGCAAGGAGGUCCAUGACUCUGAAAUUCACGCGGUCAAGUUCAGCCCCAACUCCAGGAUGGUGGCCACCGGAGGGGCGGACCGGGUGGUGAAGAUCUGGGACGUUGUAGGAGGGCAGCUCCAGUGCCAGCAAGUGCUCCAGGGGAGUAACGGAGGAAUAACCAGCAUUGAGUUUGACCCCUCGGGGGUGCAGAUCCUGGCCGCCUCAUUUGAUGGAUCGGCUCAUCUGUGGAAGCUGGACACCAAAGCCAACGACAAGAUGACCGGGCACACGGGGAAGGUCACGGCCGCCAGGUUCAAGAUGUCCACCUACCGUGCGGUCACCUGCAGCAUGGACCGGACCGUCAGGGAGUGGGACCUGCCUAAAGCAGCCUGUGUGCGGUGCAUCGCGGUGCCCUCGUACUGCAGCGACGUCGUCUGCUCCGACUCCCUCGUCAUCAGCGGACACCACGACAAGAAGAUCCGUUUCUGGGACAGCAGGUCUCAGCUCUGCGUCCGGGAGGUGACGCUGGAGGAGAAGGUGACCUCCCUGUACAUGGAGCCGGAGCAGACGCAGCUCCUGAGCUGCUCGCGGGACGACGCCCUCACCCUGCUGGACCUGCGGACGGGGGGCGUGCGGCUGGUGUUCAGAGCCGACGGCUUCAAAUGCGGCUGCGACUGGACCAAGGCGAUUCUGAGCCCGGACAGCAGUUACAGUAUGGCCGGCUCCUCUGACGGGACCAUCUUCAUAUGGAACACGAGGACUGGACUUCUGGAGCGGAGUCUGACGGGGGAGCACAGUACGGCAGUGAACGCCGUGGCCUGGUCCGUGUCCGGGGACUACGUGCUCAGUGUGGACCGGGGGAAGAAGGCCGUCCUGUGGAGCGAGUACUGACAAGGGAAUGGCGGAGACAAGAGGUGACGCCCGGAGCCUCCGACUGCUGCAGCACAAAACCUGGCGCCGGCCGCCCACUGACAGCCACUAUUCCUGGGAGAAGGGAAGCGCCGUGGACAAACGCA